GCGGAGAUAUGCUCGUCGUGCGGGCUUUUGUUUUGAAAAACGGUCGACCGGAGGUUUCGUUUUCAUUUCUCCAUGUGUGACAGCAGUCGGCCAGCCGAGGGGAAGUGAGAGCAGCGGAUUCUCUGCGGUCAGAGAGUCAGGCUAUGUCUGUGAAGAUGGAAAUGGAUAUCAGUGGAGUAUCAAGGGCACCCAUCUCCAUCCUGCCUACUGCUGAGGUCAAAGCCACACUGAAACCAGAGGCAGACAGACCCCGCUGCGCCAGCACCCCUUGCUCACCUAUCAAAAGUACUGUUGCAGGGUACCAGAUUCUCCACAUGGACUCCAACUAUCUGGUGGGCUUCACCACCGGGGAAGAGCUGCUCAAAUUAGCCCACAAGUGGUCGGCCAGCACUCCGGAGAAGAGCUCUGUAUCAGAGGCGUUGCCUAGCCCUGUCCCGAGCUCUGUCUCCAAGCCGAUGGACUUGGGCAUCCACCGGGCAUCACGAAUCUUCAAAGCCAAAAGCCGCUACUACCAACCCUAUGAUAUUCCUGCUGCCAACGGACGGAGACGGAGGCGGAUGCCCAGCUCAAGUGACACCUUCCUCAGGUCCCUGGCUCACAGCGAGCCUGGGAGAGGCCUGCACGGGCCUUUACCCCUCUGCCUGCUCAAAGGGAAGAGGGCCCAGUCCAAGUCUCUGGACUACCUCAAUCUGGACAAAAUGAGCAUCAAGGAGUCGGCAGACACAGACGUUCUGCAGUACCAGCUGCAGCACCUCACCCUGCGCGGAGAGCGUAUGUUCAGCAGAAACAAGACAUGAAAGCACAUGGGAGGGCGUUUGAGGCGUCGUCCACUCUGCUGGAGAUUUGGGUGCUGUUUCCAGCUGUGUGUUUCUCUCUACUCAGAUUAUAGGCAGUUAUUUAACCAGACACUUAACAGGCACUCAAUUAACUUAUUACAUUUAAGCGGGGGUUACAAUGGGAUUCUGAGAUCCACACUAAAAUAUACCCUAUACACAUAAAAUUGUGAACAAAAUUCUCUGUAACCUGGUUGUUUAGGUACAAAAAUGUGAACUAUGUCAAAAUUUAGCAAUAACUGUUGAACUUCUUUAUUGACGAUGUUGUGUGUUUUUACUGUACUUUGGUAUGGAUGUGCGAGUGUUUGUGUGCCUGUGGAUGUGGGUGUGUGCUCUUCUUGAACAUUGCACUUGAUUGCACUGUUAGACAUCUAGGGCUCUAUGUUGUGGUGGUGCAGAUCAAGGGCAGUGACUUUGGCAGUGACAAAGUGGUAAAUUCGUCAGUCACAAGCAGAGUUUUUGCCGCCUGCACCCAUUUGGUGUUCAUUUGCUGGCUCACCCUGGCAUGUCUUCCACCAAAAAGGGCGUGGAGAGCAGGUGGGGCGAGUGUCAACAGAAAGUGGGUGGCAUGAUGUAAGUUUGGGUUCUUACAAUACACUGAACACCUUUUAGUUACAUUUUAGUUAGUGGAGACGCCCCACCAUAGUACUCUUAAAAAUCACAUAUAAGACUUAAUAUAUGUUAUACUUGUCUGUUUCACUUUGAUUUAAAGGUCCAUUUCACACAGUCACACUUUUAGAAUGCAGAACAUGCCAUUGAGAACAUUUACAUGCACGCUAAUAAUAUGACCAUGAGGGACAAUACUAAUGAUUUUGCAUGUUUAGCCUAAUAUCUACAAAAUAUAUAAACUUCAUGUUUCUGCUAAUCUUUUCCCAAAGCAAGCAGUCACGUUAUAUCAUUUUUCCUCCAUUUU